UGGAAGCAGGAGAGAACAGAGAGAGACAUACAGGCUGGUAGCUGGAGAAACCCAGGCUGGUAGCAGGAGAGGUGCCAGGAGGAGAGACCCAGGCUGGUAGCAGUGGAGUGGACAGAGCGAGUAACUCCAGGUCCAGGACAUAAUACCCAGCAAAAGAAGCCAGUGGAAAAGGGGAGAGAGAAAAAGGAAAAAAAAAAGUGUCUGAGUGACCCUAAAUCUCAGUGGAUUAAAGAGACAGUACCCCCCCCCAGUGUUGGAACCCCUGCCCAUAGGAUGCAGUGGCAGCUAACAUUUCUUCUCAUCGGGCUCUGUGAAGUCUUGCAGGCUCAGGAACUCCGUGUGAAUGACAAGGUGACUGGAAACUUGCUUCAAGAAGCGCUCUUGCCAUGCUCCUUCGUCAGUGCUGACCAAAAUGCCAGAGUGAGUCAAGCAAUCUGGUUUAAGGAUGGUGCCAAUAUUGCAGCAUAUAGCCCUGCACUAGGAAUAAAGGUUAAGGACAGUGAUCGUAUCCAGUUUGUCAACCCUUCAGACACAAGCACUCCACUACGUAUCACCAAGUUGCUUGCUAGUGAUGAAGGAAAGUAUACGUGUGAAGUUUCUAUCUUUCCCGAAGGAAACUUUAAGGGAACGACACAGCUUAAUGUUCAAGCUGUGCCACAGAACUCCGCUAAUGUUGUCCAAGUAGUGGCAGGUGAUCAGGAGAUGACUGUUGCGACAUGCACGUCAGCCAAUGGGAGACCUCCUGCACAAAUCACUUGGCAGACAAGUGUCCCUGGCAACGUGACCACCGACAUGACCAAUAACACAGAUGGCACAUACACAUUAAUCAGUAACUACCGGGUUACCCCUACCUGGACUGCUGAUGGUGAAAAGAUCACUUGUACAGUCACCCAUGACGGAAAAGAGACUGCUAUUCCUUUGAAGCUGUCUGUGCAAUACACCCCUGUGGUUACCAUUGAGGGAUAUGAUGAUAACUGGCAUUUACAUCGUAAAGGAGCCUCCCUGACCUGCAAUGCACAAGGGAAUCCACCACCUACCAUAUUCAAAUGGACAACGGCUAAUGGAUCCCCACUUCCUCCCUCUGUGCAUGUCAAUGGCAAAAUCUUGUAUGUGGACCAGAUGGAUGAAAAUGUUAACACAACGUUCAAGUGUGAAGUCACAAAUGCGAUUGGGAGCCGAGCGAGCCAUCAGGAAGUGCUUGUAAGAGAACACGCAAUGCUGACGCAGACAAACCACGCAGGAGCCGUCGCUGGGGGGGUCAUUGGGGGGGUCCUGGUCCUACUCCUUCUGGCUGCUGUCAUCUUCAUCGUCAUCAAAAGGAAUGGGCUGCACAGCGCAAAAGGCCGUGGAUCCUACAGUCCCAAAACCAGGGUGUUUGGCACCGGCAAACCCUCACAGGAAUUUAAUUAUCAAGAAGACUCUGAACUUGACCGUCCACUCAAGAGCACAAUUCCUCCACGAGAUAGUGGUCUAAGUCCCUCACUAUGUGAGGAAGAUGAUGAGGAGAGAAUGGAUUACAAAGUGCUGGAGGAUGAGGAGGAAGAGGAGAAAUUUAAUGAGAUUGGACCCAUGUUGCAGCUAAGACCUCAUCCUCAGGUUGGCUCCUAUUUAGAUGAUGACAUGGAAUCUCAGACGGAUGGCUCUAUUAUCUCCAGGACAGCAGUGUAUGUGUAAACAUCUGGAUUGUCUAGACUACAAUAUGGCCACGUCCUUUUUUUUACCAGGGCUGCAGAGUAUAUGCAUUUUCCCCUGACAAAUUGAACUGCAGAGCAUGUGUUAACCCUGCCCAAAUAAGAUAAACCACUCAUAUGGACUACACUGUUUACCUAACAUCACAACGUUCUCCAUCACCAUGGAUCAUAGUAUGCUUAGACGGUAUUAUGCCCGUCAUCCCCGUACGUCAGUCACCUACGUUGCAGGUACGUUGUAAUGCCCUUACUUUUUCGAUAAGGACUACACUAAGUGAGUGAAUGCCUUCUGCUGAAAUCACCAGGAUUCAGGUGUAGUACGAACCCCCCCACCCCCUCCUUCCCCUACAGCCUGUUCCCGCACACUGACAAGGCCACACAAUUGGCAGGGAUAAUAUUUACAAGUGACAACUUUCCCUCUACAAAGCCCAUUAGCGGACUUCUAAUCUCUAACCUGCAAACGAAACACUUGGACAGUAGAAUUUUUAGACUGUGAACUUUGCCAGUUGGGACUUUAUGCAUCUGAUUUUACCUCCCAGAGGUCCCUGAUUCGGCAUCUGGGUAGGUGUGAAGGGGAAUACAAUGUACUCUUGCUAGGAACUGUGCUUGCUCUGUCAGUUUUGAUGGCGAUGGGUGACGGGGAGCUGCGAUGUGUGCCUCUUGGGGGUUUGCACUAAAUGGGAAUUAAGAGGGACUGAUGAUGAAUGAAAAUGAAGGAAAGCUGAUGGGUUUUGAAGGAUUUACCUUUAUUAAUUUUUUGGUUUUAUUUUUUGUAUUUCUGUAAUAUAAACAUUUUAAUAAAGAUAAUAAAAAAAAAAAUCUGGUUUAUGAGGUAAGCACUAUAUAAUUUUGGUCCACUUAUCCUGCAUUUUACCAAAUAUAGAACAGCUCUCUGGAUAUCUAAUUAAAUUUAGGAAAUUGCAGCGCACCCCACUGUGAGUGGUUUCUGAUCUCUGUAUGUUUGACAGUUGUAUCUGUGUUAAUUUCCUACAGCUGUCAUAAUGUGACAAUAUAUUUCAGAUUACUUCCUUUCAUCAGCUUCAAAUUUGUAUCCUCUUGAAAAUAUGAUUUUAGU